AUGAACGUUGAUCGAUUGAACCGUAAAAUGUCUUUCGUCGGAACCUGUUUUGCUUUCAUAGGAGUUAUUCUUAGUGUCAUGGCAUUAACUACUAAUCAUUGGUCAUCAAAAAGUAUUAUUUUGCCGAGUCAGAUAAUAGAAACACAAAAUGGAAGUACACUUUCAAGCGGAAAAAUUGAACGAAAAUGGAAUGGUCUCUUCUAUCUUUGUACAAAUGUUGAAAUUGUUCAAUGUGUAUUCAAAUUCGAAUCAACCACAUUUAUUUUUUGUUUAGUAGGAUUGAUAUGUUUAUUAAUCGGUGGUAUAUUUCUAUGUUGGGAUCUAUUAAAAAUAAGUAAUCGAAGAUCCAUUAUUCCAAUGCUAUUUUUUGUUGCUUGCCUAUCAAUAACAGCUGGUAUCUUUGAAUAUGGAUCAUCAUCUCAUAUAAAUUCCUAUUCAUCACGAACAAUGAUUGGUACGAUUAUUUUUGCCUAUUCAGCUUUAGCUAUUUCAACUUUUGUUGCUGGUCGAUGCUCAGCUCUUGAUAAUUACAUUACCAAUGAAAAACAAUAUGUUACAGCUUCAACCGAUCAAAAUUAA